AUGGACAUAGGAACAUUGGAAGAUUUCGAGGCUGCUCCAACUUGGAGAUUACUGAGGAAAUUAGAGGGCUCAGAGCAAGCAUCCGCGCCAUGGUCACCAAAGAAGGAGCCACGGAUAGCUCAAGCCAUGCUCUUUUCCCUCGCCCUUGUUUUAGGCUUACUGGCCGCCUUCGCCGCUGGAUAUCAUUCAAAACGUAUCGAGAAUGAUUGUGUCAGGCUUCAAUCAUAUUGGUCGCCAGGUCUCGACGCCGUGCGCGACUUCAAGACUGUCCGGUUCAACGGCUCACUUGGGCUCCCUUCGCCUUGGACGGCGGAACCUUCUGACGAGGUAGAUGCACUGUGGGACCAUUUUGUCUAUCGAGCACCUAUGAGUAUUUCUGACGAAGAAUUCGGACGUCUGAAUGUUGAGUCAAAGGCCCUGGUGCGUUUCCCGCCUGAGUUGGGAGGCGGAAUCUGGGCAGACCUGGAGAUGGACCAUCAGUUGCACUGUCUGGAUCUUCUUCGGAAGCAUACACACCUACACUACUACGAGUCCAAGGAUGUCUCUUUUGUCAAUCAAUCAAACAUAAUCCGCGUGCACCUCGGUAAGUCCUUGUUCUUCGCUCUGCUUUCAAGAGAAUAUGAUGGCACACGCCUCGUCAACUCCGAAGCAGAAGCAGAGAUCGUUAACCACCACACCUGGAUAGACCACUGCAUCAACAUACUCCGGCAAAAUAUCCUCUGCCACGCCGACACAACCCUGUUGACUUACAACUGGAUUAAAGGCUACGACUCGCCGUACCCCAAUUUCAACAACUGGCACGUUUGCAGGGAUUGGAAGGCCAUCGACCGCUGGGCUGACUCGGUUGCGCUCCCAAAGGACAAGAUGAUGGAGUGGGGCAUGAAGAAAUGGGACAUGAAUGCAGAAGAGUUGGACCCGCCUCAGAGCAUGCUCGAACAGAGACGGCGAAAUCGCGUUGAUGAAUGUCCGUAG